AUGGUACCCUCAACUAUGAAGCAGUGGUUUAUUAGAGGGCAGGAGAGAGGGUUCGAAGGGUUAGAGUUCCUUGAAGUACCUGUCCCAAAGGUCGGAGAGAAUGAGGUCCUCGUCAAACUGCAUGCUGCAUCUCUGAAUUAUCGAGAUGUAGCCAUAGCGAAGAACGAAUACCCCAGCCCAUUACGAUUCCCAUUUUGCCCUGGUUCGGACGGCGCAGGUGAAGUCAUAGAGAUUGGCUCUAAAGUGACCAAGUUUCAAAUAGGAGACAAGGUAGCGACGCUAUUUCAUCAAGGCCAUCUUUAUGGAGAUAUAGACUCUUCCACCAUCCCAACGUCUCUGGGUGGUUUCCUUGACGGAACGCUUAGACAAUUUGGCGUCUAUAACGAAAACGGUUUGGUUAUAACUCCCAAUAAUCUCGAUCUGAGCGAGUCAAGCACCCUAUCAUGUGCCGCCUUGACUGCAUGGAAUGCAUUGUACGGAUUAAAACCAUUGAAACCAGGCGAUUCUGUUCUCAUUCAGGGUACAGGCGGAGUUAGUAUCUUUGCACUUCAGUUUGCAAGGGCUGCGGGGGCUACGAUCAUAGCUACCACAUCUACGAAGGAGAAAGAGCAGGCACUGAAAGAGUUGGGGGCUCACCAUACAAUCAAUUAUAAAGAAGACGCCAACUGGGGCAAGACCGCUAAGAGCUUAACGAACGGGCGGAGUGGUGUCGACUUCGUAAUAGAUGUGGCAGGCAGUGAGUCUCUCCACCACAGUAUCGAUGCAGUCAGGCUUGGAGGUAUUAUUAACUUGAUCGGCUUCCUCGGCGGCAAAAAACCUCAACUUACGAUGGAGCUCCUAUUCCGCGGCUGCACAGCACGCGGCGUUCAUGUAGGUUCGAGACAACAAAUGGAGGAGAUGGUAAGGGCUAUCGAAGCCAAUAAUAUUCAUCCCGUGAUUGAUGAGAGAGUCUUCAACCUUGAAAGUGCUAGAGAAGCAUAUGACUAUGUGUGGAACCAUAGGCAGUUUGGCAAGGUGGUUAUCAAGAUAUCCGAAUAA